AUGACAAGCUCACACUGGAUUUGUCGGUUGACACUGGCUGAUGGUCGGUCUGUGGACUGCUAUAUUAAGGCUGCGGAAGCGGGCUACCGGCAUUUCCGCCUUCCCCAACGCUUGACCCAAUUAGCGGAGGAUAUUUUGGUCCAGGACGGUUACCUUACGUCAAAUCAACAAGCUCGAUUCAACACCAUUCAUCGUCAGGGCAAUGAGAUCCGCCGAAAGGCUGAGCGCAACUACCGGAAACUGUCGAUGGGUAAGGUUCACUGGUCACCACAAAUGCAGCAGAAAUGGGAUAGGCUGCACCUUUACCAGCUCCUGAUCUUGGGCCAUAAACAGGUCAGAACUAGUUCACGGAAGGUCAGGCGUUUGUUGAAGAAGAUUGGGCUGACCGAUGCAUGGAAAUUAUCAGAAGCUGACCUACAGGCAAAGUGGUACCUUGAACAUCAAGCCUACAAAGAGGCCAAGCGGAAGCGUGCCCAUCAGUGGCGUCUUGAAUAUCUGGAGAUCCGAUUGGCAGCGGUCCGGAGAACAAAGAAGGGCAACAUCAAAGCUCGCAUCAGACGGACUCGAGUCCAGCAGAUGGCACAAAAAGAAGAGACCCGACGGCAACGGAAAGCUCAAGGCAAAGGCUUCUCUGGCGGCCUCCAGCAGAUCAAAGUGGCCCAGGUGGCACAGGAUGGUACCUCCCAUUGGGUAACAUGCCAGUCUAAAUGUAUUGUAGAAGAAGGCUGCAUGCAAGAGAACCGGCUCCAGUAUGACCAGACCCGCUACCCCUACCCCACUCCACCCAUGACUGCACCUUUGUACUCCGACUUCAAUGGCCCCAAUGCCAAAAGGAACAGCCAAGCGCUGCUCCGGGGUCUCUAUGAUGCCGAGACAGCGGAUCCUUACCUGAUGUCAUUCCUGGACCAUUGCCGACGAGCCACUGGAAGUGGACCUGGAGGACAUGUUAGCUUCUGGCGUAAGAUGGGGGAACACAAAGGUUCAGAGCCACACGGCUUGCAUAAUGGCCAUUUCAAAGUGGGAGUAGCAUCCAACUUGCUGGCCUGCUGCGACACGCUCUUUUGCUCCAUCCCUUUUGCUACAGGAUUUGUCCCAGUCCAGUGGUGA